UAGAUAAGAAACUAUCUUGGGGUACAAAUGUACUCUCUAGGACAUCUAAAGCCAUCACGGCACUAUAUGUUUGUAGGAAGGCCAUUGGAACAUGCUGGGGCAUAAAUCCAAUGAAUGUUCACUGGCUCUUUGAGGCAGUUAUUAAGCCUAUUAUGUUAUAUGGGGUUGUUGUCUGGUGGCAGGCGCUUGAAAAGGCUUCACUCAGACAACAACUGGAAAAAGUAAUGAGAUCAACUGCGCUUCUUAUUACAGGCGCUCUCAGAACAACUCCUUCGAAGGCGCUGUUCACUAUGCUCAACUGGCUCCCGGUCGACCUCCUUGCAAGGAAGUUGGCUAUGUCAACUGCGGCCAGACUGAGUGUAACUGGCAAGUGGAAUCAAUGCUCCAUAGGCCAUGCUAGGAUCAUGGAUCUUAUAUCGGAUAAUCAGUAUACUGUUGAUUAUUGUAUUCCAGUUCCUUCUCUAGUGAGAAGGUUCCAAUAUCUUAUCUCUUCGGAGUCUGAGGAAUCUCUCCUUCCGCCAAUUAAUUGUUUCCGGGUGUAUACAGACGGAUCCAAGACGACGGAAGGAGUGGGUGGUGGCAUUUUCAUUGAGGAAUUUGGAACGAAAAUCUCCUUCCGACUUAAUGAUGAUUGUAGUAUCCUUCAGGCUGAAAUAUCGGCGAUAAGAAGGGCGGUAAAUUGGCUAAGGUACUAUCGGAUAUCUAACAGGGAUAUCAGAAUUUAUACUGAUAGUCAAGCUGCUAUUAAAUCCCUAACUGGUGUGUUCUCCACAUCCAAAAUUGUCCAUGAAUGCCGGACGUCUCUCAAUGAGAUGGCGAGACAUUCGAACAUCACCCUAAUUUGGGUAAAGGGACAUGGGAUUUCGUAUGGCAAUGGUAUUGCUGACACUUUGGCAAGAGCUGGCACUAUGCUCAGCAGCAUAGAAAUAGAUCAGUUCUGCGGUAUACCACUACUUGCAGUUAAGAGGCAGAUCAGUGAAAAAUGCCUCUGCAUCGCUCGCGACUUAUGGUCGCGUGAACAUACGUGCACAACAUGCAGAAUGCUGUGGCCACAAUUGGAUCCUCAAAGAUCUAAAUAUCUUCUUGGUCUCCAAAGACCGCAGUUAAGUAGGCUGAUAUCGAUUAUCACUGGCCACUGUAAGUUUGGGAACCAUGCCAGGCGCAUUGGUCUCCCGUUCAACGAUUACUGUAGGAGUUGUCAAAAUGAGGACGAAGAAGAGACCAUUACCCAUCUUCUCUGUGAUUGCCCUGCCUUGGCGGAGGCUCGUUUUCAGACGCUUGGAUCGAACUACUUUGGAGAUCUAACCGAGCUGUCAAAUAUUAAAUUAGAACGUCUGCUUGAGUUCAUUAAUUUGUCAAAUUGGGUGUGAAUCCUAUAACUCACACUACCCACCCAUGGCAACUGCCCUGGCUUUCUCACUUCUCAUCCUCUCCUUCCCCUUCUCUUUGCAACUAGUUUUCUGUUCUUUCACUCUCCUCAAUCUCUCCCUCUCUUCUCUUUUCUUCUCCUUACAGGUAUUUUUUUUUACAAAGGGAUCAAUAUGGACCCAAGUAAAGCCGACAUUGGCUACCUGUGCAAACCUAACCUAACUAAGGCCAGCAAAUAUCUGAUUGUCCAUCAACCAGCAAAUUUGUAGAACCGAAAAAUAAAAAACAGUUGGUUACAGAAACUAUCAAGUGGACGUCAAAGAAUGCUUGAAGCUCUUGGAAAUUCGGCAAUAGCAAGUAAUAGUUUGGAGGAUGAAGUUAAAAAAUAUUUAGAAAAAAAUGCCCCCUCGAUUGGUGGCACCAGCACAAAUAGACAUAUCCCAACGUUGCAAAAUUAGCAAAUUACUGUUUUGGAAUUCCGCAUUUUCUGAACAAUCAUUUUCUGUAGCUGGAAAUUGUAUCAAUUCAAAAAGAAGUAACUUGCAUCCAGCCACAGCAAUGAAGCAGUUGUUUGUUCAUGACAACAGGGCUAUUGUAGAGCCCUUCUUAAAUAAUUGAAUUUAGAAAAUAAUUUGAACAAUUUCAAUUAAUCUUUUAUAUAUGUAUUUACUUAGUAAUAUAAUGAAUUGGUGCCUUUUAUGUUUAAUAGAAAUAU